AUGGCAAGCAAUAAUCUCUCUUUCAAUGCCCUACAAACCUUCACUGGUGAAAACUAUCAAAUUUGGUCAGUUAAGAUGAAGUCUUAUCUUGAAGCUUAUGAUUUGUGGGAAGUUGUAAAGAAGGAUAAACCUAUAGAAUCACUCCCUGAAAAUUCUACUCCUGCCCAAAUCAAAGCUCACUCAGAAGAGAAAACCAAAAAGUACAAAGCCAAAAUUGUGAUUCAAAAUUCUGUUGUUGAUUCAAUUUUUUCUAAAAUUAUUGCAUGUGAAACAGCAAAAGAAGCUUGGGAAAAACUUGAAAAGGAAUAUCAAGGAAGUGAACGAGGCAGACAAAAUCAGAUUUUGAAUUUGAAAAGAGAUUUUGAAUCUCUUAGUAUACAAGAGGGUGAGACAAUCACUCAAUAUUCUGACAGAAUUUCUUUGAUUGUCAAUAGAAUCAGAUUGCUUGGCGAGAAUUUCAAGGAUAACGAACGACUUGAAAAAAUCCUUGUGACUAUUCCUGAGAGAUUUGAGUCUAAAAUCUCUGCUUUAGAAGAGUCUAAAGAUCUAUCUACUAUCUCUCUUGCAGAAUUAAUAAGUGCUCUUCAAGCACAAGAGCAACGAAGAGCUUUCAGACAAGACAAAUUUGUUGAAAUCUUGAGUUGUUGGGCCCGUCUUGAGUUGUUGAGCCCAUGCUUAGCACGAGCUAAUCUUACUAGUUCCUAUGAGUCCGCAACUUAA